AUGCUGACCGAAACCGAAGAGAGAAUCUACGCGGGUCCCUGGAAAGAAUUCUGCAAAGAGAUCAACCAAGUUCCCCUCCUGCACGGUCCCGCACACUCCAACCUCAUCGGCGACUGGGAUGCUCUCGUCGGUGUCCUCGCCUCCAAACUCACCUUCCCAGCACCAGACACUUCGGUCACAACACAGGACAUCCACCCGAACAGCAACUACUGGAUCCGCGUGUACACCCCUCCAAAUGCUCCCAAAGAUGCUCUUGUGACCAUGUACAUUCAUGGAGGCGGCUGGGCUAUGGGCUCUGUUGACGCGGAGGAUGCCAUUCCGCGGAUCAUAGCUAAAGCCUGCAGCUCAAUCGUCGUGAGUGUCGAGUAUCGACUUGCGCCUGCACAUGUCUGGCCAGCCGCGCAUGAGGACUGCUACGAGGCGACAAAGUACUGCAUCGAGCAUGCCGGGGAGUGGGGAGCCGACCCGAAACGGGGCAUCGUGAUCAGCGGAGCGAGUGCAGGUGGAAACCUGGCGAUCUCGACAGCUCUGAGGUUAGCAGAUGAGGGCCUGGGAAGCAGAGUAGCUGGCGUUGUCGCCAUGGUGCCUGUCACUGUUCAUCCUGAUGCGGUGCCUGAGGACUUGAAGGCAAACUAUACAAGCUACGACGAGCAUGCGAAUCAUACAGUCAACACGAAGGACGCGAUGGAGGCUUUCUUUAACAUCUACAACGGACCAAAGGACAACAAAUACCUCUCGCCGCUGCUUCACCCUGGUCUCAAGUCCCUUCGCAGGGUCUACAUAACAGAAUCAGGCACGGACACUUUGCGCGACGAUGCUCGACUAAUGAAAGGAGCGCUGGAGAGCUCUGGUGUGCAGGUCAGGUAUGACGCUUACCCAGGCUAUCCACACUAUAGCUGGACGUUUCCGAGUCAGCAUCUUGCUGGCCACGCGCAAGACUUCUUUGGCAAACUCGCUUCGGGUAUCAUCUGGGCUUCGGAGAGUGACAGCGCGAAGUCAUAA